AUGUCCAGAAUAAUCAGCACUGGGUGUGACACGAUCCAUAUGGGAGUAUCUCCUGAAAGGAAUUUACGGACAGAAAGUUUAGGGCGUUUACUCGAUUAUAUUCUCAGAGAGUACUUUGGUGGUUGCGUUGUAAUAACAAUUUACGAUGACAAGAGCAUUGAACAACUGCCUGGUUUUCUCAAGGGCUUGUAUUCCAGUCUCCCUUUCGCCUCUUUCAUCCAGAGAAGUACAAAUGCAUCAUUGAACCAAGUACCCAUUGUCUUCAAGGACAAGUGUUACAAUUACAUGAUUUUUCUGGAUGAUAUCUACAGCAUCGAAAAAAUUAUAGCGAAGGAAACAGUUAAUAAAGUUCUCGUCAUAACGGAAUCGACACCUUGGAAAGUCAAAGAGUUUCUCAAAAGUUUCAGUGCAAGAUUUUACGUUAAUUUGGUAAUUAUUACUCACAGCAUGAGUAAAAGAACUGAGGAAGGGUCAUUUCUCUUGUAUACUCAUAGGCUGUACACAGAUGGAAGUGGUUCGAGUAAACCUGUUCUGCUAACAUCCUGGAUAAGGGACCACACGACACACAGAAAUAUCGAUCUAUUCCCAGAGAAACUCACCGGAGGUUUCAAGGGUCACAGACUAUUAAUAUCAACCGCCCACAAACCGCCCUUCGCAAUCAGAACACGUGGAUUGAGUCAAGAUCAAAUCGCUUGGGAUGGAAUUGACAUCAGGAUGAUGAGACUUCUGGGAAAAGCUCUGAACUUUACAGCUGAAUUCAGAGAUCCAACAGCAUCAUCAAGCCCAACGUACGCUGCACUAAUGGACGUGGAGAAAGGUGAGACGAGUGUAGCGAUUGGUGGAAUUUAUGUGACAAAUAAUGUAACAGGAAGAUUGGACAGUUGUUUUUCUCAUAUGGAGGAUUGUGCGGCCUUGAUAUCAGAGGCAUCCUUGGCCCUGCCAAAGUACCGGGCGAUAAUGGGACCCUUUCAACCAGCUGUAUGGGUCCUGGUAAUGAUGGCUUAUGUCAUUGCCGUUAUUCCCCUGGCUACCAACACAAAUUACAGCAUAUUCUCGCUGGUUACUCAUCCCUCGAGAUUCAUGCACAUGAUUUGGUAUGUCUUCAGUACAUUUACCAAUAGCUUCGUCGUUAGCAAUCCACUUUUGGAUACUGGAAUUGCUAAGAAUUCAACGUCACUUCUAAUUGGUAUUUAUUGGGUUUUUACUAUCAUCAUCACGUCGUGCUACACUGGAUCCAUUAUGGCGUUUAUCACGGUACCCGUGUUUCCGGAAUCCAUCGAUACACCCGAUCAAUUAAUCGAUGAAAAUUACGACGUAGGAACUCUCGAUUGGAUCCAAAAUUCUUCUUCAAUACAUCGUGCAAGAGCAAUUUACUCCCAGUUGGACUACGAUGAGAUCAUCAAUGCACAUAAGUAAAGAAUGUCUUCUGAAUUUUGGAGUGACUUUUGCACUUCCAAAGAAUUCGAUUUACACAGAGGCAUUCAAUAAAGUUAUUAUUCGAGCUCGACAAUCUGGUCUCACUCAAAAGAUCAUCAGAGACGUGGAAUGGGAUGUUCAGAGGACAGCCGAGGGUUUCUUACUGCCGGUAUCGGAGGAAUAUAAAAAACGGAAAAUCCCAGUACAGGAUCGGCCACUGGCGCUCGAUGACACACAGGGAAUGUUUCUCGUUCUUGGCGCCGGUACUUUACUCGCAUUUUUGACUUUGUCAAUUGAGUGUUGCGUUCGUUUGUGGGAGAAACGGUAUUCCAGAGAUGUAGGACAUACUACGAAUGCCACCACGGAAGUCUCGGGAGCUAGUACACCAGAGAUGAGUCAUUUCAGGGAUAUUCAUGCGUCGGUGA